GGAGGGGACACGGGCUCAUUGCCGAGCGCGCCCUGCACUCUGUCCCUCACUCGCCGCCGACGGCCUGUCUCGUCGCCCGCAUGUCGCGUUGCUGCCCCGCAGAAAUGCAUCGUUUACCCGCAGUCCUUCGCCGGAUGAGGCCAGUGUCCAGGGCACUGGCACCUCAUCUCACUCGGGCUUAUGCCAAAGAUGUAAAAUUCGGUGCAGAUGCUCGAGCCUUAAUGCUUCAAGGUGUAGACCUUUUAGCCGAUGCUGUAGCCGUUACUAUGGGGCCAAAGGGAAGGACAGUGAUUAUUGAACAGAGUUGGGGAAGUCCCAAAGUGACAAAAGAUGGUGUGACUGUUGCAAAGUCUAUCGAUUUAAAAGAUAAAUAUAAAAAUAUUGGCGCUAAACUUGUUCAAGAUGUUGCCAAUAACACAAAUGAAGAGGCCGGGGAUGGCACCACUACCGCUACUGUACUGGCCCGCUCUAUCGCCAAGGAAGGCUUCGAGAAGAUUAGCAAAGGUGCUAACCCUGUGGAGAUCAGGAGAGGUGUGAUGUUAGCUGUUGAUGCUGUAAUUGCUGAACUUAAGAAGCAGUCUAAACCUGUGACAACCCCCGAAGAGAUUGCUCAGGUUGCUACAAUUUCUGCAAAUGGAGACAAAGAAAUUGGCAACAUCAUUUCUGAUGCCAUGAAAAAAGUUGGAAGAAAGGGUGUUAUCACAGUAAAGGAUGGAAAAACACUGAAUGAUGAGUUAGAAAUUAUUGAAGGCAUGAAAUUUGAUAGAGGAUAUAUUUCUCCAUACUUUAUUAAUACAUCAAAAGGUCAGAAAUAUGAAUUCCAAGAUGCAUAUGUUCUAUUGAGUGAAAAGAAGAUUUCUAGUGUCCAGUCCAUUGUUCCUGCUCUUGAAAUUGCCAAUGCUCACCGGAAGCCCUUGGUCAUAAUUGCUGAAGAUGUGGAUGGAGAAGCUCUAAGUACCCUUGUUUUGAAUAGGCUGAAAGUUGGUCUUCAAGUUGUGGCAGUCAAAGCUCCGGGUUUUGGUGACAAUAGAAAGAACCAGCUUAAAGACAUGGCUAUUGCUACUGGUGGUGCAGUAUUUGGAGAAGAAGGACUAAAUCUAAAUCUUGAAGAUGUUCAGCCUCAUGACCUAGGGAAAGUUGGGGAGGUCACUGUGACCAAAGACGAUGCCAUGCUCUUGAAAGGAAAAGGAGACAAGGCUCAGAUUGAGAAGCGCAUCCAAGAGAUCAUUGAGCAGUUAGACGUCACAACUAGCGAAUAUGAAAAGGAAAAACUGAAUGAACGUCUGGCAAAACUCUCAGAUGGUGUUGCUGUGUUGAAGGUUGGUGGGACAAGUGAUGUUGAAGUGAAUGAAAAGAAAGACAGAGUUACAGAUGCCCUUAAUGCUACCCGAGCUGCUGUUGAAGAAGGCAUUGUUCUGGGAGGGGGCUGUGCCCUGCUUCGGUGCAUUCCAGCCUUGGAGUCAAUAACUCCAGCUAAUGAAGAUCGAAAAACAGGUAUAGAAAUAAUUAAAAAAACACUAAAAAUUCCUGCAAUGACUAUUGCUAAGAAUGCAGGUGUUGAAGGAUCAUUGAUAGUUGAGAAAAUUAUGCAGAGUUCUUCAGAAGUCGGUUAUGAUGCUAUGCUUGGAGAUUUUGUGAAUAUGGUGGAAAAAGGAAUCAUUGAUCCAACUAAGGUUGUAAGAACUGCAUUACUGGAUGCUGCCGGAGUGGCCUCUCUCUUAACAACAGCAGAAGUUGUAGUCACAGAAAUUCCUAAAGAAGAGAAGGAUCCUGGAAUGGGUGGUAUGGGAGGUGGCAUGUUCUAAUUCCUAGAAUAGUGCUUUGCCAUUAUUAAUGAAUUGUGAGAGGAAGUUCAAGGCAGUGUUCCUCACCAAGAAUUUCAGGAGAGGUCAGUUGAAGGAGAUGACUGAAGAAAAGGCUGGCUGAUGUUUAAGAAAAUAACUAUAACCAUCAGUUACUAGUUUCAGUUGACAAUAUAGAAUGGUUUACUGCUGUCAUUGUC